AUGUCAUUGCGCUAUCCUAUUCCAGCUACUGUGCUUGGUCUGGCGAGUAAUCCGGUAGUUGCUGUGCUUACUCCGGUUACCAUCGGGAGUUUGAUCGGUCUUAUCACGAAGAGUUCGGUGAAAACUUGGUAUUCAACUUUGAAGAAGCCAAAGGGGCAGCCCCCAAGAUGGGCUUUCCCGGUCGCGUGGACUUAUCUUUACGGUACGAUGGGAUAUGCGUCUCAUUUGAUUGCCGAAUCGUUAAGGACCACCCCAUUCACUGAGACAGCGGAUCAAGCGAACUCAGCAUUGGCGCUUUACUUCGGCCAACUUGCGCUCAACUUCAUUUGGACCCCAAUCUUCUUUGGCUUGAAAAAACCUGCACCUGCUCUCAUUGAUAUCCUUGCCCUGACUGGCAGUGUAUUUUAUAUGACUAACGUCACUAGCAAGUUCAACUCCAAAGCUGCAUACUUGUUCUUACCUUACUGCGCAUGGCUCACCUUUGCCACUUAUCUCAACGGUACGAUGUGGUAUCUGAACGCCGGCGAUGGUCGCAAAUCCAAAAUCCGAGAGACAAUUGAUUACUUUGUAUCCAAAUUCAACCGUUCAACUCUUACCAAGCAGAAAGAUGAGUAG